GUAUCCUUGACAUCGAAUCGAUUUUUAUGGUUGCUUGAUUUGGAGAAAUUUUAACUUUGUGUGGAUUUCCCCACAUAUUUUGUUUUGAAAUCCCCAAACUAAUACACUUGCGAGAGUGUACUACCACAGAUAUUAAAGUGAGAUGUCUAGCGAAAGAGAUAUGGGGAAUGCUGCUGCAGCCAAGAAGGGUGAUCCUGCCGAGAGUGUGAAGGAAUUCCUUGCCAAGGCUAAAGAGGAAUUCCAGCAGAAAUGGGAGAAACCAGGGCAAAACACAGCCUGCCUAGAUGAUUUUGAUCGGAUUAAAACGUUAGGAACCGGUUCAUUUGGUCGAGUGAUGCUAGUACAGCACAAGGGCAAUAAACAGUAUUAUGCGAUGAAAAUUCUUGAUAAACAGAAGGUAGUGAAGUUAAAGCAGGUCGAACAUACACUGAGUGAGAAAAAGAUUUUGCAAGCUAUUGACUUUCCAUUCUUUGUUAGCUUGGAUUACUCCUUUAAGGAUAACUCCAACUUGUACAUGAUUCUCGAGUUCGUUACUGGUGGAGAAAUGUUCUCGCAUCUACGAAGGAUAGGCCGCUUCAGCGAACCCCAUUCUCGGUUCUAUGCAGCACAGAUAGUUCUUGGAUUUGAAUAUCUUCAUUACCUGGAUCUCGUUUACAGAGACUUGAAGCCAGAAAACAUGCUGAUUGAUAUCCAAGGCUAUAUCAAAGUGACUGAUUUUGGCUUUGCCAAGAGAGUCAAAGGUCGAACAUGGACACUCUGUGGUACACCUGAAUACCUCGCUCCAGAGAUUAUUCUCAGCAAAGGAUACAACAAAGCCGUUGAUUGGUGGGCACUUGGGGUUCUAAUAUAUGAAAUGGCUGCGGGUUAUCCACCAUUCUUUGCAGACCAGCCAAUACAGAUCUAUGAGAAGAUUGUAUCUGGAAAGGUUCGCUUCCCGUCUCACUUCAGCUCAGAUCUGAAAGACCUGCUUCGCAACCUGCUGCAAGUGGAUCUUACAAAGCGUUUUGGCAACUUGAAAAAUGGUGUCAGUGAUAUAAAGAAUCACAAAUGGUUUUCUACUACAGAUUGGAUUGCUAUCUACCAGAAAAAAGUCGAAGCACCAUUUGUGCCGAAAUCGAAAGGCCCAGGUGACACAAGCAACUUUGAUGACUAUGAAGAGGAACCAUUGCGUAUUUCAUCAACAGAAAAAUGUGCAAAAGAGUUUGCAGACUUUUGAAAAACUACCAUUGUGCAUUUGUCUUUUCUGUCGGUGUGCAGUGGUCUGACCACUCGGGUCUCGUUUUUGCAUGGUUCUUCCUAACAACAUAACUGACUGUACUUUCAGCUCAAUACAAAGACAAGGUCCGAAACCCACAUCAGUGGCAAUAAUUGCAAUGAAUCGUGCUUUAGAAGUUUCUGCCGUAUGUUAUUGAAGCACUAAUUUUAUGCUGACCUGAAUUUUUUUUUUAAGUUGAUGCUACAAAGUGUGAUUAACUGUCAUUGCUGUUGUCCGGCUUUGAAGGACAUUUAACCUUCUCAUAUAUGUAGUAUUAGACUAGAACUAGUCAAUGAUCAAAAUGUUGCAACAGUGCAUGAAUGAAUUUUAUUUUUCAGUCUACGAAUGUAUAAAUAUUUUCACUUUGAUCAUGAAAGUUAUGAUCAAUAUGUAUUACAGAAAUUUAUUAUGGUGAAAAUAUUUACUUUUUAAAAAAUAAAUUAAUUUACUGCACUCUAUCAUCCUCUAAAUCAAUUUUAAGAAACACCUUUCAGUACAUGUCUACAUGUAUGUUUCACUCAUUUUUCUUUCAUUUGAAAAAUAAUAAUGGAGAAAAAAUGAUAAUUUGUUUUAUAUGUAUAUAUCAAACUAUUAAUAUAUUUGGAUUUUCAUUUGUUUAAUUUUAUGAUUGUAGAGACUUAGUUGGACAAAGUGACUUGACACAUAUAUCAGACUUUAUUGCUGCACAAAGUUUAAAUCAGUUUCUCUCAAGUUUGAGUUGAAAAAUCAGUGUUGCUAAUUGCCCAACUUCCCCAGAAAUAAACUAUGGUAUCUUGCUUAUGAUAAAAUUUAACAAAAUGUGUAGUGGGAACCUGUACAUGUAAUGUAUAUUUGAUGUAUGGUAGUUUGUUUUUGUAAUGUUUUGAAGCAUUGUGCUUAAAUGUCACCACUCUUCAUUUGAUUCAGAGGAUAUUCCACUACUUAUUUCAUAUUACCUUCAUUAAAUGUAGGUGAAACGGGUUGCAAAGUUUGUAAAGGGUUUUUAGUUUAAAAUACAAGUUCUUUUUCUUUUUUUUUCAGAAUGUCAAAUGUUUUUUAAAACAUGCCUAUUUAUGUGAAAUAUGGGUUUUUAACAUUAAUUUAUUAUUAUUGCCAAAAUAUUUUGUAACUUCAUUAUUAUUUUCAGAAUGGUCUAAAAAUAACUGUUUGCAUUAAAUCAUGUUUAUGUGCAUUCACAUGUUUUUCAGUAUAAACUAGACAUUCUCAUUUGGCCAAGCACUAUCAUUAAUAAAAGCGACGAUUUUUUGUUUCAGAUAUUGGCAGAUGAAACAAAUUUAUCCUCCCACCCCAAGUUUAUCAUUAGUGUAACAUAGUAAUCUUACUAAUAAUGACAUAUUCUCCAGCCAGAUUAAUGGAUAUACCCAAGUUUUAUGAAUGAAAAAAAAAAAACAAAAAAAAAACAACAAAAAAACAUAUAUAUAUAUAUAUAUAUAUAUAUAUAUCGCAUGAUUCGGUUUUGCUUAUGAAUUACAAUUUAUAAUGGAAUAAAAGUGUCAAAUUGCAAAGUUUCAUCCCAUAGUUAAGAUGUUUCUAACUAUCAAAGUCGUUUAACUAAAAUUAUAUGUUAAAUGCAAUUCUUUGUUUUCAAUAUCGGGGUCAAAUAUUUAGAGUGUUUCCAAUCAUCCUAAUAUUUGUAAUAGCUUAAACUUCAUUUUAUUUUGUAAUAUAUAUUAUUUCAUACACAUAACUUAUUGGGAAGUAAAAUCCAGUUGGGGCUACACACAUAAGGAUGAUCAGAAACACAUUGAAUACACAGACACUGAUAUUCUAAAAAAGUAUAUUUAUAUUUAAUUUUAGACAUUAAAAGGACUAUAUUAAUGGGGAAUCAUGUUACAUUGGUAGCAAACUCUGUUUAUAUUUAUUCAGUUGCAUGAUGCAAUCUGGGUUUUGGGGGGGGGGGGGGGGGGUGGGGGGAGUUGUGUGUGGAAAAUCAUCCUCUACAUUAAUGUGCAGAUAGCAUAAGUAUUGAUAAAUUGUGGUUCGAAAUAAGCUAAUAGUAAUACAGUUAAGUAAUCACAAUUAUGUGUUAAAUAUAGAAGUAAAUAGUUGUGUUACAAAUUCACAUGCUGUAUUCAUGUUGUUGGUUAUUGAUUCUCUAUUGUGAUUGUGUCACAUCUGGUCAGAGAGUUGAGUUGGUGGACCUAAAAUAAUAGAAUGUGUAUGAAUAAACUACCUGUAUGGAAGAUAACCCAAGGUUUAAAAUGGUCUUUGUCACAUACAUGAAGUGGAUGUAAAAUACAAUCUAUAAACCCUCCAUUACUGCUUAUAUGUAUAUGUAUAUAUAUAUAUAUAUAUAUAUGUAUAUAUAUAUAUAUAUAUAUAUAUAUAUAUAUAUAUAUAUAUAUAUUCAUGUUAUUUUUUACGUGUAAAUGGAUUUUGAACUUCUUAAAAAAUUAGUAUUUGUGAAGUGUAAAACAUUUGAUGAAUAAUAUGAAAGAAAAAAGCCAUAUUUAUCACACAUAUGUAUGAAUUUGUAAGAUGGCUUCUAGAACGGACUUCCACCAGUGUUAAAGUUCGGAAAUUCAAAAAUUGAAUUUUGUUCUACUGUGUGCCCAGUAUCUGGGAUGAGUUUGUUACUAUAACUGCUUCAUUAUUAAUGUAAUGUAAUGUAAUGUAUAUUUUAAAAUUAUCAGGCAAUAAAUUAUGGGAAAAAGGCAAUUCUUUUGCUUUUAUCAUGCUAGUAGAAUUUAUAGAAAUAGCCUAAUUCAGAAAUGGCAUUCUUAAAUUUUUUAUUAUCAUUUAAUUGCUCAAAUUAAAUUUUAAUUAUGCACUUUUAUUUGUGCAUUAAUUAAAUAAGACCAAUAAGUAAGAGUAAUUGUACUUGUAUCCGCAAUUUUGUUUUUAAAUUGAUAUGGGAGACAAAUUCUUAAGUUCAAGUCCUGCAUCUUAUUAAAACAGGAAUCAAAAUAUGAUGUAACAGAAUAUUUUGUAAAAUUUUUGACAGGUGUGUUUAACUUGGCACAUUCAGUCGGUAUCUAUUAGCCAAGAUCCUUUUUGACAAUUUUUGGUAUUGUUUUGGCACUCUUAUGACGGUUAUCCUUUACAUUUUAAAUAUUGUUUCCUACCUGUAAACUACCACUUUCAACAGACAUUUUUUUUCACCUCAGCACAUGUGAUGAUCAUGAAACAAGAUCCCUUUGACUUAAUUAUUUUCUUUCUUUUCAUUGUUUAUUGCUUGUACAAUUUUAUUAGCCAUUUUUUUAUAAUUGUUUUGUCAAAGUUGCACUAUGCAUCUGUUAAUAAUCAGUAUCCUUGAUCAUGUACUUGUACGUAGUUCAUCCCCAUCUCUUGUUUACAUCUUGCCCAUUCAUUGUCAUGCACAAUUUUUGCCAGCUUCCUUCAACUUUGAUGAGUGUAUGUCUAGAACGAAAGUCAGUGGUGACUCUGUUGUGAUGCUUAUGAUUUUCAAUAAUGUCUCCAUCUUUACUGUGUAUUGCUUAGUGAAACAAAUAUAUCUGCAAUUUUUUGUGUGGAUAUUUUUCUGAUGAUAUAUAGAAAGAAACUGUCUUUGAGGACUGUUUGUCAUAUUUAGACAUACAAAGUGUGGUAAUUUCCUCAUGUUCGAAUUUGUAUCUAUGGUGUGUUUCUUGUGAAUAAUGUCUUCGUAAUAUUAGACCCUAAUAAUAAUAAUAAUUGUGUUGAUGAUGCUGUAUGACUCCACACAGUAUAUUGUUUAUUUCAUGUGCAUUCUGAGACAUAUUUUGACCAGUCUUAAAAGUUUCUGAUCAUGAAUAUAUUUGUGAUUAAUGAUCCCUGGUGGUAAUAGUAACAUAACGUAAUUUCUUGUCUUCAAAUUUAUUUGUUUUUAUGUCUAGAAUAAAAAAUUCCUUUGUUACUUUACUGUUGUAUGCAUGGUCAUAUGUACAUGUAUGUAUGUUAAGUAAAAUGUGUGCCAUUUACCGAUUUAGAUUUUGUUUUAAAAUAAAAUAAAAGUUAUGAUUUGACAUAAAUAUCACGCUAGUGAUAAUCAUACACUUAGAUAGUAAUCAAUAUCAAAGGAAAAAAUUGUUUGCUACAUGAUUAAAAACAUUUUCUAGACCCACCAAUGUUUUCAGCCAUAUUUAUUUAGUGGAUCCCCCCCCCCCCCCACUCCAGUAUAAAAUAGAUAACAAAAAGACUAAGAGUGGGUAAAGUUCAACAAACUGCUGUUUAUAAGGUUGGCCUAAAGGUGGAAAUGUAAAAGUAUGGGUGUCAAUGUGGGUAGAGAAGGUAAAUUAAAUAUACUUAACAACAUUUGACAGAUGCUCCUCUGUGUAUGUGUUUGCUUGUGGUAUGUGGAUGAUUACCCAUUAUGAAUAAUGAAGUCAUCAUAUUCAGUAAUAAAAUUGGCUUCACAUUCUAUUUCUGCAUUAUAAUUAUCCUAUGCUUCCUUCAAGUUUAAAUGAUUGAGAAUAAGUAAUUUAAAUAUUCAUUUAGACAUCUUUCUUUGUUACUGAUUACUUAAAUAUACUGUAAUACAAAUUGUUUCUUUAGAAAAUGUUCAUAUUCAUAUAUUUUGUGCAUGUGUGUGUGUAUGUGUAUGUGUGUGUGUGUGUGUGUGUGUGUGUAUUUGCAUCAGUGUCUCAUAAACGUUAUUUGUACUACAUUUUUGGAAUUAAAAGAAAAUGUAUAGCAAAACGUGUACUUGAAAUCUGAAUGACAAAGAUUUUAUUGGACUGCUUUACUUUUGUUUGGAUAUUUUGGUUGGCUACAGUCCAUUCCAAAUUAUCCUUCUUCCUCAGUACAAAUUUAUCCAAAGUUAAUUAUUUACUGAAUUUAUUUAUUAAUUUAUACUGUCUGCCCCUCCUCUUAAACCCCCUCAAAUCUUUGUUAAGUAUACAAAUAAUGUGCAAGCCAGUUUUCAGUAGGUGUGGCAGUGAGCAGUAUCUAUUAACAUAUAAAAGUAGGUAGCUUUAACAACUGGAAUGAAGUGUAUUUAUAAUUACAUGUUUUGCUAACAUUCACUGGUCUUUCAGCUGCCAUGUAAAAUGCUGUUACAUUAUAGACAGAGAAACAAAUUGUACUUGUUGUUGGUGUUAAAUACACGUAUUAGAUGUGACAGAAUAACAUUGUUUUUGUUUGUAUUUUAAUACCAGUAGUCUUGCUGACAUUUGGUGGACUACAUAUUUUUUUUAUAAGAUUGUACUGAUUUGGAGUCUGAGCCAGUGGAUGUGGUACACUGCAUAUAUGUAGGUGGAUUUUUGUUUCACUUCUUUUUUUGCAGGUUGGGGAUCUGUGUGAAGUGGGGAGGCUUUUAAAAAGUGUUUAACUUUCUGUAAAACUACUAUACUAUUGCCUAUAUCACUUAUCUUAAUGUUACAAGGAAUGCAACAUUGUGAAAUUUUCAUUGCCUUGUACUGUCUUGUAUAUUAUUUGAUUAAAAAAAAAGUACAUUGUACAGUUGGAAAUUGUAAAUGCCAUGGUACCACUAGUGUAAAGUUGAAUAGUGGUCAUGGUAAGAUUGGGAUGGAAUUUAGCUCAGUCAGUAGAGUGCUUGCGUGAGGUCAUAGGAUUGAACCUACUCUGUGGACCCUUUGGGUGUUUUCUUUCCCAACCAGUGCCUCAUGACUGAUAUAUCAAAGGCCGUGAUAUGUACUGUCCUGUUUCUGAGAAAGUGCAUAUUAAAGAUACCCUUCUGUUAAUAAAAAAAAAAAAUGUAGCUGGUUUUCUCUGAAGACUGCAUGUCAGAAUUGCCUAAUGUUUGACAUCCAAUAGCUGAUGAGUAAUUUAUCAGUGUGCUCUAGUGAUGUUAUUAAAGCAAAAUGAACUUUUAAAUUUGGGCAUUUGUUGCUUUAUUUAUUUGAUCACCACUGAAUAUGCCAGUUGUAGAGAUCUUUGAUCCUGACUCCACGUUUCCUGUAUGCAGUUUCCUGUACAAAAUGCAGAUUUGUGUGUUCAGUGGAUUCUCCAACAAAUUUUACUUAAAAGAUACUGUUCUGAAUUUGCUGCCAUUGUAUUCCAACUAACAACUAAAAUUGUGCAUUAAAUAAAUUUUCUUGUUUAAUAUUAUUCAUUUGUGUCUAUUCUUGACCAUUUAAUGAAUUUCUGAUUAUCAUAACUGAGUAAUCGCUCCUCAAAGUAAAUUUUGUUUCCCAAUAAAAUUUCACGUGUGAAAAAAUAUAUAUUAGGAAUUCUAAUACAACUGGCAUAUAAGCCUUUUUUCCAUUGGUUAAUUUUUGUGAUAAAUCGGACGAUAUAUGUAUGCUGUCAUGGGCAACCAGGAUUUACCACGACAAAAUUCCGAAAUCAUUUCCAAUAUGCUAUCACUUAGCCUGAUUUGUGGUGUUUUCGUUAGUAUAUUAAUUCUGUGUCUUCAAUUAUGUUUAAAUGUUGAUAUAAUUAAUUAAAAAAUAUAUUACUAACUUCAGAUGAAAAUGUUCCCAAAACGACACAAGCAGCUUCAUCAAAAAUAAUUGUAUUACAAUCUGAAGUAUACCAUUUUUGUUUAGAACAUGCUUUUUGGAACAAUAAAAAUGAAGACAAGAUA